AUGAGGAGUUAUUUAGCAACAGUUGCCAGUUUUGUGCUGUGUGCUGAUGUUGCCGUAUUGGCGGCUCAUGAUGGCACAGCAGCGUGUCCAGGAUAUCAAGCGAGCAAUGUGAAGACACAGCAUGGCGUCGUUGUCGGCGCUGAUCUCACACUUGCUGGAACAGCCUGCAAUGUGUAUGGCACCGAUUUGGACAAUCUUAAAUUGGAAAUUGAGUAUCAGACCGGUAGGAUGCAGGGCCCAACGAGAUUUAUUGCUGUGUUCCCGUCACUGACAGUCGAGGCAGAGUCCCGAGUCCAUGUCAAGAUUUACGAUGUAGCCGAACAGGUCUACCAGGUUCCCACCUCAGUCCUAACACCUCCCAAGAGAACAAACGUCGAUCCAUGGAUGUCAGACUUAAACGUCUCCGUCGAGCAGAAUCCAUUCUCGUUCAAAGUGACCCGCAGAUCCACAGGCGAGGUUCUUUUUGACACAUUCGGUCAUGCCUUAAUCUUUCAGUCGCAAUAUCUCCGGCUGCGCACAAGCUUGCCGGACUCGCCUAAUCUUUAUGGCCUGGGGGAGAGUACUGAUCCCUUCCGCCUGCAGACCGAUGACUAUAUGCGCACACUCUGGUCUCGCGAUGCCUAUCUCACCCCUCAAUAUACCAAUCUGUAUGGCAAUCAUCCCAUCUACUUUGACCACCGUGGCCGCCAGGGCACGCACGGGGUAUUUCUGUUAAACAGCAAUGGAAUGGAUAUCAAGAUUAACCAAGAUUCUGAUGGUCAAUACCUUGAAUACAACACCUUGGGUGGGGUUCUCGACUUCUACUUUCUGGCGGGUCCGACUCCGAAAGAUGUGGCAGUUCAGUAUUCCGAGGUUGUUGGCAAGGCCGUCAUGAUGCCGUACUGGGGGUUUGGCUUCCAUAACUGCAGAUAUGGCUACCAGGAUAUCUAUGAGGUAGCCGAGGUCAUUGCCAACUAUAGUGCAGCCAAUAUCCCGCUUGAGACGCAGUGGACAGACAUCGACUACAUGGACCUAAGAAAGGUGUUCACGUUGGACCCUCUCCGCUACCCUCUACACCUCGUUCGCGAAGUCGUUUCCUACCUGCACAGUCAUAACCAGCACUAUAUCGUUAUGGUCGACCCGGCCGUGGCUUACGCUGACUACCCUCCAUUCGAGGACGGCGUCCAGGACGGCGCCUUCCUGACUAAUCCAAACGGAUCAAUCUAUCAAGGUGUCGUCUGGCCUGGCGUUACUGCAUUUCCUGAUUGGUUUGCCCCCAAGACGCAAGGAUACUGGAAUGGCCAGUUCUCUACAUUUUUUGACCCAGACAGUGGCGUUGACAUUGACGCACUAUGGAUUGACAUGAAUGAAGCCUCAAACUUCUGUGACUGGCCGUGCGCAAACCCAGAGGCGUUUGCGCAAAAAAACGAUGACCCCCCCAAUCCUCCCGCUGUUCGCCUAUCGCCGCCACGGCCUAUUUCGGGGUUCGGGCCGAAUUUCCAGCCCACAUGUGUCGCCUCAGUUUCAUUCAAUGUGCACGCAGAGACAUAUUCUGGAGAAGAUAUUUAUAUUCUUGGAAGCUCCCCUACUUUGGGAGAAGGAGACAUUCACAAUGCUGUUGCUAUGAGCGCAGACAACUACCCAGAGUGGGAGGUUACCGUGCAGAUGCCUGACAAUGAAACAUUCACCUAUGAAUAUGUUCGUAGGGAGUCAAACGGCAGCUGGAUCUAUGAGAGCAAAAACCGCACACUUACCACAGGUGAUUGUGACGAUGGUGUGCAGACGGUCUCUGACAACAUUACCACAAGCUCUGGGCCACAAAGGAGGUCUCCUAGCUCUCGUUUAAUCCCCAUCGUAACCUCCCCAGCGAUUGACGAUGUCCUUCAGAAACGAGCUGGCCCCAUGCUAGGCCUACCUGGAAGGAACCUGAUCAAUCCUCCAUACCAUAUCAACAACACUGCCGGGUCGAUCAGCAACUUGACGAUCCGGACGGACCUCACUCAUUCUAAUGGUCUCAAACUGUACGAUACACACAAUUUCUACGGCAGCAUGAUGAGUGCUACUAGCCGCGACGCUAUGCUUAACCGGAGGCCGUCCGUGCGGCCACUAGUUAUCACGCGAUCCACCUUCGCCGGCGCUGGCAGUAAGGUUGGGCACUGGCUGGGAGAUAAUAACGCUGAUUGGGACCACUACCGCUGGACAAUUGCCGAGCUGCAAGAAUUCGCCGCGCUCUACCAGAUACCCAUGGUGGGCAGCGACGUCUGCGGCUAUGCUGGUGUGACAACUGAUACUCUCUGCUCUCGCUGGAUCUUCCUUGGCGCUUUCUCGCCCUUUUUCCGGGAUCAUCAGUCGAUUGGUACACCGCCGCAUGAGUUCUACCGGACUCCUAUGACUGCUGCCGCCGCCAGAGCGGCCAUUGACAUUCGCUACCGCCUGCUCGACUACACCUACACUGCCAUGUGGAUGCAAACACAGACAGGUGCGCCGAUGAUAAAUCCGAUGUUCUUCGAAUACCCCCAAGAUAGCAACACGGUGGACCUGCCAUACCAGUUCUUCUGGGGAUCGAGCAUCAUGGUGGCGCCUGUCACGGAGGAGAAUUCUACUACAGUAUCUAUGUACAUGCCCGACGACCUCUUCUACAACUUUUUCACCGGUGCUCCCGUCCAUGGACAAGGUAACACUGUCACACUGACUGAUAUCGGGUAUGACACUGUACCUCUGUACUACAAAGGAGGCAGCAUCAUCCCGCAGCGUGUCGCGUCUGUCAAUACGACGACACAACUGCGUCAGCAAGAUUUUGAAAUUGUGAUUGCUCCCGAUGCAUCGGGCCAGGCGUCGGGCACGUUGUAUCUCGACGACGGUGACAGCAUUGAACAACAACAUACGUCGUUAAUCAACUUCGAUUACCACAGCGGGGAGUUUUCGAUGAGUGGGAAGUUUGGCUACGAUAUGGGCAGCGUGGUGAUCAGCCAUAUUACGGUUCUAGGUACACAGGUACAAAAACAUGCUGUUAAUAUUAAGAUGACGUGUGAGCAUCAUGAACGAUUUAACUAG